AUGGAAACAGACGGAUCCGUAACGGACUCCCAAAGGGCCCGUGAAGGGUCCUUCCGACUUUGCCUAUGCAAGCUUUUGAAUUUUUUGAAGGCUCUUAAAAGGGCGGGAAAAGGGUCAAUAGAGGGCUUUAGAAGGGUCCAAGAAGACAGCUUGAUGAAGCCAUUUUUCAACUUUUUAGGAACAAUUGAGGAAAAUUUUAGAGUUUUCUCCAGAUUAUGCCAUUUUAUUUAGGGAAUUUUCCCUCUCUUCACCUUCUAAAAGUUAUUUCACGUAUUUUUUUUUACAAAAUAUUUUUUUUUCAUAAAUUUGAAUAUUCCAGAGCACAUUGAAUGGAUCGACAGCAGUCGAACACGUUGCCACAUUUACUGGCGAAGGCCUGAAGAGUGGGGCGCCUUGAUUUACGAUUGGGCCGUCCUCAAUUCUUUCCUCAACACACCCUUGACUCUGUAUGAAAUUACUCAAGGCGAUGAUACUACUGAUGAGGGUCAGUUUUAUUUUUCUUCGAUAUCGUCAUGUUUUUUCAUCUUUUCAAUGAAAUAUGACGCCUAGUUGUAGCUGCGAAAAGCAUAUAUAUACCUACGGCAGCAUUUCACGUUUUUUUUUUUGGCUAAAAUACCGAAAUUUAGUUCCUAGAACGCGCGAAAACUUGCGGGUCUUGAAACGAAGCGCACGGAAAAGCUUCUUAUACUGUGGUUCUUCUGAAAUAUGAUAGUUUAGCUCGAGAUUCAGCAUAUAGCCUGUUCUGCGUCAAGCUUGUACCGUUUUUACGAAAAAAAAAAAUCCUAUUCCGGAUUCGACCAAACUUCGCUUCGAGACCUUUGCCUUUUGCAGUUCUGUAAAUAAAAAAGUAAACCACCUGUUUUUACGGUAGCUUUUCUUUGGAUGUGCUUAAAAAAUGACGAGCGAAACGUGAAAGCUUUUUGAAAAUCACGUAUGGAGUUCUAAAAGACGCUGAAUCCUUACCUGAAUACCUGAAAUAAAAAUCGAAACGGCUCUUUUUGGAUUCAUUUUCAAAUUACUGCUUCUAUCAUGAUGGAAAUUUUUGGAAUUUUUAUUUCAAAUAGAUGGUUUUUCGAAAAAUCUAACAUUUACGGGUUUUAGCGUUUGUUAGGUUUGGAAGAUAUAUGUUAUUAUACGUUCAAUUAAUUUUUAUUCUUCACAAAGUGUAGAUUUUUUGAAUAAGAGAAGGAUGUUUAGAGUGAUAAGAAGAGAAAAGCGAGCAAUUUUCAUAGAAUUACUCGAAAAAAGUAGAUUUUUUUAAAAAUUACUCUGUUUUUUUAAAUGAAAAACUUUAAGUUUUUUUCAUUAAACUAAUUGCUCAAAAAUUGCAUUAUUCAUUGUUUUUUUGUAUUGCUCUGAAAAGGUGUUUUUUAUAACUGAUAGAAGAACUAGUUUUGUGAAAAUCCAAGUUUCUAUCGAUUUUCUUGACUUUCAGCGUUCUUCGGACUGGAAAAGGACGUUUUGCUGAAAGCUUUGCGGAGCCUGGAAUCGUCGCGGAAAGCCCAACUUCUCAAUAUCGGAUCCGACAGCGAAGGCGUCAAAUUCCUUCAAUAA